UUGGUGCCGCCUUUGUUUCGUGCUGGGACUCUCCCGUCGCUAUGAGCGCCUCUCCCUCCAGAGUGAUCCCCCUGCUGCUGGGUGCCGCGAUGCUGUGGGGGCCGAGCUGCCUCUCCCUGCGAGUCCUCAGCGGUCAAAAAGUGUGUUAUGAAGAUAUCAAGCAUCCCUGUUACAAGAUAGCCUACUUCCAGGACUUGUCAAGACGUGUGGGCUUUCAGGAGGCCCGUCAUGCCUGUGAAAUCGAUGGUGGUGUGCUUUUAAGUCUGGAAAGUGAAACUGAACAGAAGCUCAUAGAAAACAUGUUACAAAACCUCACUAAGUCAGGCUCUGGGAUUUCUGAUGGUGACUUCUGGAUUGGAUUGUGGAGAAGCGGAGAGGGACAAGCAACAUCAAGUGCUUGCCCUGAGCUCUACCAAUGGACUGAUGGAACCAUUUCAUCAUUCAGAAAUUGGUAUACAGAUGAGCCUUCCUGUGGAAGUGAAGCUUGUGUUGUGAUGUAUCAUCAACCAACUGCAAACCCUGGCCUGGGGGGGCCUUACCUUUACCAGUGGAAUGACGACAGGUGCAACAUGAAGCACAAUUUUAUCUGCAAGUAUAGUCCAGAUAAUGUCCUAGAAAAAGAACUAGGCGACAGAACAGACACAGAUUAUGAGGUUUUUCCAUCAGUGACAGCAGGAAAGCCUUAUGAUGAAAACAAAUCAGAAGAUAAUUCUCAUGUAGUUGUUACUGAAACAGUAAAGGAAGAACAAAAACCAGCCCAAACCAGUCCACAUUAUGGAUUUCAAAGAACCCCAGGAAGGACAGUACCAUGGAGGUAUAACAAUUUAAUGACUGAAAACAAAGCAAAAAUAAUAUUUUACAGUCAGGCUCUAUUAUAAUGUCAUCUCAGCACAUUAGCUUGGAAUGGCUUGAGAUUGCAAUGGUUCAGCAAGAUGAACUGUAAGCUCCCCCUUGAGGCAACUAUUCAGAUCAGUUUUGUAUGUAACAUUUGAUUAUUAAUUAAAUGAAACAUGUCAUGCUAAAUAAAGAAAGAGGAUGUGUCUAUUUUGCUAAGAGCAGUAACUUGUUUCCAACUGAGCAGUGGAAUGGACAAUGCAUUUGAAGUUUGUAGGGGGAAAUAUCUACAAUAUGUGUUAGUUUUAACAUUGUUUUUACUAAUCAUAACAUUUUUAUUUCCUG